AUGAUGAUAUCGAGGUGCGCACUCCUACCAGUGGUACAGGCGGUGGGAGGGAGGGCACUGAAGGGGGGAUGUGAGUGCAUGUGGGCAGCAAGGGCUAAAUCUCUCAUGGAUCACUACAAGUCACAGUACCGCAUCUUCAGUGAUGAUAUCGAGGGCAGAGGCGGAGUGGCAGUGGCGGGCAUUCUGAACGUGCCCCGGGCGCAGCACCUCGCCUUCUCCUUCUUUGUACCCAACCCAUUUUCGCCCCCCCCCCCCUUCCUUCCUCCUUCCCCUGCAUCAGGGCACAGGCGGAGUGGCAGUGGCGGGCAUUCUCAACGCGGAGUGGCAGUGGCGGGCAUUCUCAACGUGCUGAGAGCGCAGCACCUCCCCCCUAAAGCUCUCGCCGACACCAGAGUGGUGGUUGCCGGCACUGGCAGGUAUGAGGUGGGAAGGGACGGGAAGGCGGGGGGGGAAGGGCAGGGGGAAGAGCAGGGGCAACUGACUGGCAGGUACAUGCUGAGAGUGCAGCACCUCUCCCCUAAAGCUUUUGCGGACACCAGAGUGGUGGUUGCUGGCACUGGCAGGUGCGGGGUGGUUGGGGGAAGGGACGAGAAGGGUGCGCUAACAGGCACGGACUGGGAAGCAGAGGGUGUGCUGACAGCAGUGCGGAGGGCAAUGGCAGUGCAGAUCGGGCAGGGUAAAGGCGCCAUGGAUCGGGCAGCUGAAAACUUCUGGCUCGUGGAUGACCAGGGUCUCAUGACCGACGCCAGGGUGAGCUGUGCCCUGGAGUGCGAGGGUGAGCUGUGUGCCCCCGAGUUUGAAGACUUCUUGAGGCAGGCAGAUGAGGAUGAGAGGCUCAAGGAGGGCACGAGGGUGAGCUGUGCCCUGGAGUUUGAAGACUUCUUGAGGCGGUCGAACGAGGAUGAGAGGCUCAAGGAGGGAACGAGUCUGGCGCACGUGGUGAAGCGGGUGAAGCCGCAUGUCCUGGUGGGGCUGACCGGAUCGGGCCAUCUGUUUGACGACGACGUGCUCAAGGCCAUGAAGAAUGCUGAUGUGUCGCGCCCGGCCGUCUUCGCGCUCUCCCAACCUGUCAAGCAAGCGGAGUGCACGGCACAGGACGCAUUCAAGCUGCUGGGCCCCAACGCGCUCUUUGCCAGUGGCUGCACCUUCCCGGACGUCCGAUUCCCAAACGGCAAGGUGGGGCACACGAGCCAAGCCAACAACGUGUUUCUGUCGCCAGGGUAG